AUGUUGCAAAAUUCACGCGCCGCAAAAAUACUCCGGAAUAUUCCGCCCGAAAAACUGAGCAUCGAACCAGGAUGCUACGUGGUACUACAGUGUGACAAUUCAAUAGUAUUGGAAGAUCAGCCGCAGCUCAUGAUUAGAAAUGAUGGAUCUCAUCAAGGAUACACAAACAGAGAUUCUGCAAGUAGCAUUCCUGUUGUAUUAGAUUCAGAUCUACAGUCGUCAAUAACUGAAUGUGUUACUCUGAAUCCUAUACAAACGGUUGAACCUGUAGAUAUUUCUACGCCGAGGUUAUCAGAAGAACACACUAAACCAGGAUGCUCCGUGGUACUAACAGAUAAUUAUAAAGUAUUGAGGGACUGCCCCUUUAACAUCUUAAUUAAUAAUGAUAGAUCUAUCUGCCGAAGAUCCACGAGCCAAGAUUCUUUAAAAAGCAUCAGCUCUGUUCCAUUAGAUUCGGAUCUAACGUCAUCAGAAACAGUUGAGCAGGCUAUCACCACCUCGUCAAAAGAAAAGUGA